CUUAUAUCUCAUCUCAUUUUCCUAAGUUAUGGAUCUACCUUAUAGUGAACGUCCUGAAUGGUCCGAUGUUGUACCAAUUCCACAGGAUGAUGGUCCUAAUCCUCUUGUACCUAUUGCCUAUUCUUCAGAUUAUAUUGAUGCCAUGAAUUACUUUCGAGCUGUAUCAAGAAACAAUGAAAAAUCUGAACGCGUUUUAGGAUUGAUCAGUGAUAUCAUUGAAAUGAAUCCUGCUCAUUAUACUGUAUGGCGAUAUCGACAACAAGUGCUAUUUGAAUUGAACGCUGAUCUUCAAAAAGAAUUGAAUUUUGUGGAUGAGAUUGCAGGUGGUCAAGCAAAGAACUACCAAGUAUGGCAUCAUCGUCUUGUUAUUGUCGACAAAUUGAAUAAUGGUGAUCGUGAAUUACCUUUUCUUAAUGGUAUUCUGGAUGAUGAUUCAAAGAACUAUCAUGCUUGGUCAUAUAGACAAUGGGUAGUCAAAAGAUUUAAUUUAUGGGAUCAAGAUUUGAAGUACACUGAUGAUAUGUUAUUACUUGACGUACGAAACAAUUCUGCAUGGAAUUAUCGAUACUAUGUCUUAUUCUCUAAUCCUAACAAGCCGACCAAGGAAACAAUUCAACAAGAAAUUGAAUUCACCAAAAAUAAAAUACAUCUAGCUCCAAAUAAUCCAUGUGGAUGGUCUUAUCUUAAAGCAAUUUUGGAAAAAGCCAAUCAACCUUUAUAUACCAUUGAAACUUUCUUCCAAGAUUUGAUCUCAAAUCAUAUUAUCUCUCCUCAUUUAUAUUCAACCUUGAUUGACAUGCAUCUUCAAAAGGCGAAAUUGGAACAUACAAAUGUGGAUACCAUUGCUUUAACAUAUUGUGAUCAACUGGCUACGGAAUACGAUCCUAUUCGAAAAAAGUAUUGGCUGUACAAGAAAUCAACUCUCUCUACCGCAUGACAUUUUUUUUUUAAUGUAAAACCAUAUAGGAAGAUUGGAUAGUAUUGUAUUGUAGAUAGUUUUAUCC